CUCGGACUCGCUGGGGCCGCGCGCCGUGCGGGCGUCGCGCGCGCCGCGUGCGCCGGGGGGGUCGGGCUUCCAGCCCGGCGGGGCAUGGCGAGCGUCCCGUACGACAAGGUUGUGUGCGAGCGCAAGACCACCGACGACUCGAUCAAAAAGUUCUUCCGACUCACGAUUGAGUCGACGAUUGUCGCCACCAUCAUGGCGUUUUGGUGGCGCUCGUCGCACAACGCGGAGAAGGAGAAGAUCAACCGGUACUACGCGACCCUGCGCGCCGAGAUGGCCGCCGCCCGCGCCAAGGAGGAGGCGGAGGACGACGAGUAGUCGUGACCGGGGGGCGUGAGCGGCUUUGCAAAUGGGGGAGGGGGGGGAGGGAGCGGUGGGGGGGGUGGGGGUGGGGGGGUGGGGGGCGGUUGGGGGGGCUGCCACCGCGUCAUCCUCGUGGACGCUCGCGCGUGUGCGUCUCCGGCCUGUCGCCCUACCCCCCGGGCGCGUGUCCCGCUGCGCCGCGGUGCCGGCACGCAGUUUGGCUACUCCUUCUCUAUGCCGGGAACGCUU